UGUGUGUUUGCGUCCCACGUCUUGCCCACCAAUUGGUCUACAGACCCGUAGCAAUAACCCUCAUUCUCUUCAUGAAUAAAAGAAAGACAGCAGCCUAUCGGUGCACGGGGCACCCCCCUCCUGCGUUGUGCUCCAAAGUUGUCUAUCGAAACUACUUCCAACAUUCAAGCACACUUUGCCGUCAAAUACUACUAGAUCUAAUACGACAAAUAAUUAAAUAAGCGCUAUACCUCGUGUUGAAUAUUCUUUCAUUUUACCCCUGCUGGACGCUGAAAAAAAUGUCGUUUUGGGAGUUGUAGUAUUUUCUAAUUGUUUUUCCUGGAUGUACGACUUUUAAGAUUUGAUUUUUCAUUCUAUUCGUCAGAGGACAACGUCAUUAGACUAUAUCGACAAGACUUACCAUCACCAAGUUUGGACUUUCCACUGAGAAGUUGACUUUUUCUGUGACGGAUUUGUGUCUGACAGAGUAGCUGAAAUGGCUACGUUACCAGGAACAGUACCGCGAAUGAUGCGACCAACGCCAGGCCAGAACUAUCCACGAACUGGAUUUGCCUUGGAAGUUUCAACCCCACUUGGCCAAGGGCGCGUGAAUCAGCUGGGCGGAGUGUUCAUCAAUGGACGACCGUUGCCAAAUCAUAUUCGACACAAGAUAGUGGAAAUGGCGCAUCACGGCAUCCGACCCUGCGUCAUCUCGCGACAGCUUCGAGUUUCACACGGCUGCGUGUCAAAAAUUCUCUGUCGGUAUCAAGAGACCGGGUCUAUACGUCCCGGGGCAAUAGGGGGAAGCAAGCCCAGGCAAGUAGCAACGCCUGACGUGGAGAAGAGAAUUGAAGAGUACAAGCGGGAGAACCCAGGAAUGUUCAGCUGGGAGAUUAGGGACAAACUGUUAAAAGACGGGAUGUGUGACCGGGGCACGGCUCCUUCAGGUGAGGCGUCGUCCGUCAGUUCGAUUAGCCGCGUGCUGCGGGCCCGUUUCGGCCGGAGAGAUGAGGAAGACGACUGUGACAAAAAGGAUGAGGACGGAGAAAAGAAAACGAAGCACAGCAUUGAUGGCAUUCUGGGUGAUAAAGGUAGCCGCACAGACGAGGGCUCAGAGGUGGAGUCAGAGCCAGACCUGCCGCUGAAGCGGAAGCAGAGGCGGAGCCGCACCACCUUCACGGCAGAGCAGCUGGAGGAGCUGGAGAAGGCCUUCGAGAGAACGCACUACCCCGACAUCUACACCCGCGAGGAGCUGGCACAGAGGACCAAACUGACUGAGGCUCGCGUGCAGGUGUGGUUUAGCAACAGGCGAGCCAGGUGGCGCAAGCAGGCAGGAGCCAAUCAGCUGGCGGCAUUUAAUCACCUGCUGCCUGGUGCAUUUCCCCCAUCUGGGAUGGCGACCCUGUCUACGUAUCAGCUCCCAGAAUCUACCUACCCAUCCAGCACACUACCACAGGACAUCAGCAGCACCUUGCACAGACCCCAGCCCCUGCCCCCUUCGUCCAUGCAUCAGGGAGGGCUCAACACUGACACCAGCGCCGCCUAUGGCCUCCCAUCCAGUCGCCAUGGCUUCUCCAGCUACUCGGACAGCUUCAUGAGCCAAUCAGCUUCCGGCAAUCACAUGAACCCGGUUGGCAACGGGCUAUCCCCACAGGUGAUGAGCAUACUCAGUAAUCCCAGCACAGUCCCGGCUCAGGCCCAGCACGACUUCUCCAUCUCCCCCCUGCACAGCAGCCUGGACUCCUCCAGCCCCAUCUCAGCCAGCUGCAGCCAACGCUCCGACCCCAUCAAGAGCGUGGAGAGCCUGGCCCCGUCACAGCCUUACUGCCCGCCCACCUACAGCGCCAGCUACAGCGUGGACCCUGUUACUGCAGGCUACCAGUACAGCCAGUACAGCCAGACAGCGGUGGAUUACCUGGCCAAGAACGUGAGUCUGUCCACACAGAGGCGAAUGAAGCUGGGGGACCACUCGGCCGUCCUGGGACUGCUGCAGGUGGAGACAGGACAGGCGUACUGACCACCCUAGAUACGACCACACCCCACCUGCCUCCGCCCCACCCACCAGCAUGUACAAUCCCUAACAUGUACACUACAACACUGUAGCAUCCUGCCGAGCCUCAGCUACUGAGCAUGUAUGAGAGAGAGAGAGAAAUACUUUUCAAAAUGGAACUAAAGUAAUUCUACAAGCUAUUAUGUUUUCAAAAAAAUUAAUUAAUUCCAACAGUAGCCAACAGAGCCCCACCACUCUUUUCUCUGCUCCUACUCCUCCAUUACCACAAAAAGAACCAAUCAAGGCAGGGGUAGACCUCAAGCUAUAGGAAAAGUUCCCUGAGGCUGUUCUUCACUAUGCUUCCACCUCACUGUUUAUGGAGUCCAUUACCGAUUGGCUUUAUUAUUAUCAUGUCAUUUUUAUUGUCUCUGUUUUGCUAGUAGUUAUUGUAUUUCAGUUUCUAAGUUAUUUUUCUGUUUUAGCUGGCUGAGAGGACCAGUGUGUUUGGGGGGCAGGGGAGCUAGGAGGAUUUACUGGGAGCCAGACUGCUUUUCAUGCCCAACAUUCACUGUGCACUAGCUAAUCUGUUUCACAAAUUUACCACAAUAAAUGUAACCUUCUGUUCUUCAACGUCACAUAGCCACUCCACAAGAAGUCUAGCAUGGUGGUUUCAUCUGGAUUAUUUUAUUUUUAUUUCUUUUGAGAGAGAGAGACAGAGAGAGAAUGACUGACAGUCAGACAAACCCUGUGAUGAUACCUUGAGUCAUCUCUGUUCACAAAUGUCAUCAUUCCUUCUGAAAACUCAUUUAAUGACCUCCAGUCUACGAGCACACAGGAAGGGUAGCAUAUUGUCAUCAUUGUGGUAUUAAUCACAAAACUUAGAUGGUUGUUUAAAACAAUCAUUCCUAGCUGGGUACGAGUUGCCCACAUUGUAUCUCUGGACCAAGUAUGCAUUCCAGAACAUUCAGUCUCUCAUACGUAUUUUAUUUGCUGAUUCUCAUGAUGCUAAUGGUGUGAAGAGGUGCUAUGGAAGAAUUGGGUCCCCUGAAAAGGUGUGUGAAGUUCACAUGCUUUGGAGGGCACAUGCUUGUGUGAUCCAAAGUGAUAGCAAAGGUUGUGGCAAUGAAGCUGAUAGGUAUGAUUAAGCAUUCAAAAUUGUGGAUAAAUAAAUGUCACCAACUGGCCCCUCCUUGCAAACUCCAAUAACCAUGUUAUUCAUGGUUUAAAAAAAAAACAGUAAAUUUAUUUUUUAAAUGAACAAAUUCCAAUUUAUUUAACAGUCCAUAUACAAAUUUCACCACAAACAAAGUGAAUUAUUAUUUUAGCCUAUUUAUGAAGGUUUGGUUGUAUACUAAAAUAAAAGCUGGCAUUGCUGGAGUAAGCUGGUGCCCUGUACAGUCUUACAAAAUUGAUUUUUUUUUUUGUGUUUUAAAUUAUGUUGCUUUGUCUCAUAUUUCUCUUUUUAAUUUUGGUUUUAGAUGUGUUUCUUUACAUUAAGUUUAUUUAACAAAACAUAACAUAUAUCGGGGGGUUGUGGAGCACCGUUACUUUAAUAAAACAAAUUCAGUUCCAUCACAUGUUAAUGACCUGUACCAGGGGGGAAGAGGUACUGACGCUGAGGGAAAGGGGGCAUUUCGCUCUGAGGCUGAUCUGAAUUCAGUUUUACAUUUUCAUCUCCAGGAGUUGCACUGAAUGACAGGCUGGGACUUUGCAGACCUGGGUUCACUGUUAAUGACUGUGGAGGCUUUUACAGAACACACACCUAUUCAAAUGUAUUCUGUUUGUGUUUUUUAACUGUGUGAAAUCUACGCCUCCUGAAUAUUUGGGCCACUCUUUAGUUAUUCUGGAAUAAAUCAGUACAUUUUACAUUUUAUACUUAGAGCAAACAAUGAAAUUGAAAUGAAUGAAAUGAAAUGCUUCCAGUGUGUAGCACCCAACAUUAUCAGUUACCUUGAAGGUAUGUAUUGGCAAUGCAUCCAAACCAAAAAAACACAGAUAACACAUUGUUGGUCUAUACUGAUAUUUAUACAUGUUUGAAUGCAUUUUUCUGGAUGGAUGACCAAUAGUCCCCCCCCCACCCCCCAUCCUAAAUCUGUUAAUUUGCUGUGUCUGUGUUUUAUUUAAUUACAUUUCUGUUUGGCAUGUGUGUAUAUUACCAUGGCCUAAUUUAUUCUGCUCUUUGGAGUUUUAGAGUAGUGGGGACUUUUACUGCUAUUUGCUACCUUCAGUCUGUUGGUGGUGUAACUGUAACACUGGCGUAACUGUUAUCAAUUAAAACUCUAAACCCCG